ACAAAGAAGGAGUAAGAAACGAGCUGUGGAUGUGAUGACUGUGGGUAACCCCUCCUCUCCAAAGGCUUUCUUUCCAUCUUCAAAAGUUCGGCGUUACUGUGCAGUUGGAAGUGGGCAGAGCCUGUCAUUCGACCUGAGCAGGCAGAGCCUGGUUCCUGAGACAGUCUGAGCUCCCCCCUCCUCCCGCGCCCUCCACAAGCUUUGCUCCAGGUCUACAGUUUGAAGGGAACUAAAUGAACCUGCUGUGAGCACAGCUGCAGAUCACGGAGGGAGAAAAUCCUUCUUGCUGCCUUUGAAAGAAUUAAAGAACGAAACAACGCAGAAUAAUCCCCCAAGACGAAAACGACUUGUGCUUGGCAACCUGCACUGGUUCCAGUGUAGACAGAGCUGUGCCUCGAGGACUGAGCAGCUGUGCUGACCAUGAGCGAGCAGAGCCACGUGAACAGCCUGUUCCUCAAUGAGGAUGCAGCCAAGCGGCUCCACGCCGACAGCCGGGUUCAGCGGUUCCGGCAGGCUGUGCAGAAGCGCGCGGCGCGGGCCAAGAAGCGGAUGCACAGCAUCACUGCUGGGAGCGCUAAAAGCUUUUUCAGGAGGAAUGCCUUUGUCCUCUUCACCAUUGCUGCAGUCCUACUAGGCAUUAUCCUGGCCUUCUCCCUCCGGCCCUACCAGCUGACCUAUCGCCAGAUCAAGUAUUUCUCCUUCCCUGGUGAGCUGCUGAUGCGUAUGCUCCAGAUGCUGGUUCUUCCUCUCAUUGUCUCUAGCUUGAUUACAGGAAUGGCCUCACUGGAUAGCAGAGUCUCAGGGAAGAUGGGGAUGCGGGCUAUCAUCUAUUACAUGGUGACCACAAUCAUAGCUGUUUUCAUCGGCAUCUUCAUGGUGAUCAUCAUACACCCAGGAAAAGGAUCUAAGGACAACCUUCACCGAGAAGGCAGAAUUGAGCAGGUGCAGACCACAGAUGCCUUCAUGGACUUGGUGAGGAAUAUGUUCCCGCCUAAUCUGGUAGAAGCUUGCUUCAAACAGUACAAGACUCAGUACAGCACCAGGGUCUUCACCAGAACCAUCCUCCACAGCAGCAAUGUCACAGCAGGUGUGACAACCACUCAGAUCCCUGUGCCUGAGAAUUUCACCAUCAUCAUGGAGAAUGUCACUCACAGCCUGGGAACCAUCUCCGAGGUGCUGACCUUUGAAGAAGUCAUUCCCAUCCCAGGCUCAGCCAAUGGGGUGAACGCACUGGGGCUGGUAGUGUUCUCCAUGUGCUUCGGUUUGAUGAUCGGCAGCAUGAAGCAGAAGGGACGGGCCCUGCGAGAGUUCUUUAACUGCCUCAACGAAGCCAUCAUGAGGCUGGUGGCCAUUAUCAUCUGGUAUGCUCCAGUUGGGAUCAUGUUUUUAAUUGCGGGCAAAAUCCUGGAGAUGGAUGACCUAGCAGUGAUGGGAGGCCAGCUGGGGAUGUACACGCUCACUGUCAUCGUUGGACUCCUCAUUCAUGCUCUUUGCAUCCUGCCCUUGCUCUACUUCAUUGUCACUCACCGAAACCCCUGGGUGUUCAUUGCAGGGCUCCUGCAGGCUCUCAUCACAGCCCUGGGCACCUCCUCCAGCUCAGCGACUCUACCCAUAACCUUCAGGUGCCUGGAAGAAAACAAUGGUGUGGACAGGCGCAUCACGAGGUUUGUGCUGCCUGUGGGAGCCACAAUUAACAUGGACGGCACUGCUCUGUAUGAGGCCCUUGCAGCCAUCUUCAUUGCACAAGUCAACAACUAUGAACUUGACUUUGGGCAAAUCAUCACAAUAAGCAUCACUGCCACGGCAGCCAGCAUUGGAGCCGCAGGUAUUCCCCAGGCAGGACUGGUGACAAUGGUUAUAGUGCUGACAUCAGUCGGGCUGCCUACUGAAGACAUUACACUGAUCAUCGCUGUGGACUGGUUUCUGGACCGCCUUAGAACAACUACCAACGUCCUGGGGGAUUCUCUGGGGGCUGGCAUUGUGGAGCAUCUCUCCCGUCAUGAGCUGGAUGCACAAGACUGCGAACUUGACUAAACAGAUCCUGUAUAUAUCACAGACUAUUUGUCCAACUUUUCAAGAAAACAUUGAAUUCUAAUCCUGAAGACACUUCCUGUAUAAAAAGGGCAGACUGAAGGAUGAAUCAGAAGAUUGUUGGACUGGAUUCUAGUUCAAAUGGGAAUUAAUUCUGGGAAGUCCUAUGGCUUGGGUUACACAGACAGUCAUACUAGAUUGGUCAUAAGGGUCCCUUCUGGCUUUAUAAUAUAUGCACGUGCUUUCUGGCUUAGAGAUAUCGCAAAGGGUCUUUCCAGCCCAAUCAUUUCUAAAAGCUAUCUGAAAGGAUCCUAAUGAUACUUCAGUAAAACUCAGCAGGAGCCUAACCUGUUUUCAGUUCCUGUUAGCAGACAUGUACACGUAUCACAAAAGGGACUCUCCAUACCACAUUGCAUCCACAUGUUCACAGAUGUUCCCACAAAGCAGUGCGCGCCAAGUCUUGCUAUUUGUGAUUUCCUGCUUUCCACACAAGAAUAACAGAGCACAAACAAGUAGAGGCCUCAUUUUCCAACAAUGAAAGCCAGUCUUCCUUUGGGACUUUCAGAAUUCAGUUUAUAGCUUUUAGCUCUGGUGUUUACCCGUGUUGUUAACCAGAUUAUGACUGGGAUUAUCUGUUUACAGUACCUGAACAUCAAAGUAUUGUCAGAAAUUUGCAUAUACUUACAUAUAUAUAUAAAUACACACAUAUAUAUGAAAGGGGUGCAUUUAUGCAAGCAUACAUAUACAAAUUUUUUGUUACUAAUCCAAGAAGGAAAGCCAAUAUUACAGUCUCACUAUGUAUAAAGCUGCAUAUUUCAUUUUGGUGCCCAUCUUGAUUUACUUAUUGAACUCCAUACUUAAAACAAAAAACUGAGGCUGUUCUACAUAAUUUCAGAAAUUAGUCUUUCAAAGCCAGAUUUCCCAGAAAGGAGCUCAAUGCAUGCCAAUUUUGACUUGUACCUGCUGAAGGUGAAAUGAGAACUUCUCAAUGUGUAGAAAAAUUUCUCUACUGUGUCCUUGUCUGUACACAUCCCAAAGACCCCUGUCCACACUGCAUCUGUUUUGGCAAAGGCCAAGCUUUCAGAGAUCAGUCAAGAAUACUACAGUAUUUGUACUCUUUCCAAAUCCAGUGCUGACCUUGUACUAACUCAGCCUUCAAAACUGGGUAAUUGAAUGGAAUGUUAUAAUUUUAUCCACUGUCUUUUAAAAAUACCAGCUAUUUGUGAGCUUAUACAGUCUUUACUACAGUCCUGCUGCUUCUACUUCCAGAAACUUUUAAAGUUUCUUCUUUUUGCAAACAGAUCUCUUCCUAAUGAUUACAGAUAGGAUGAAACAGCUGUCUCAAUGUCUAAAUACACAAGUAGCUCUUGGAUAACUCUUCAAUACUAAUUUGAAGAGAGAAAAUCCAGGAAGAAUAUGGAUUUUUAGUUAGGCCACAUGUCACUUUAUGUUUGUGAUACAUACACAUUAUUCCAGGAGUCAGAGCUGCCCAUGAAAACUGAUCUGAAAUUGUAUGUCCUUCUGCUCUGCCCAAAGAAAAACUGGAAAUCAGUACUGUACAAUGUGUUCAUGGCAUUCAUGCAAUUUGACUCUGUUAAUUCCUGAAGGCUUUUUCUUCAUGCUGUUAUUUUCAGUGUUAAUACAGAUAGUUUCCAUGUUUGAAAAAUAAAGGGAAUUUUUUUCCA